AUGGGCUGGUUGAAGCUGAAUUUCGACGGAUCCGUCUACCACGACGGGUCCGGCCGGGCGAGCAUCGGCGGCGCCAUCCGCGACUGCAACGGCCACGUCCUCGUCGCCUUUGCCGAGCUGACGGAGCACUCCACGGUGGGGAUAGUGGAGGCGCGAGCACUGAUCCACGGGCUGCGGCUCGCGAUGAGUUUCUUCCGUGGCGGGCUGGUGGUGGAAGGCGACGACCAGGUGCUGGUGGACCUCCUGACCGGCAAGGAGACGCAGACCCGCAUACCGCUGUCGAUCCAACAGGAGAUCCGCGCGCUGCUCAAGCACUUCUCGACGUACCAGCUGCAGCACAUAUACCGCGAGGGCAACCAGGUCGCCCAUGUCCUGUGCAAAGAAGCAUAUCGGCGGCCAGGGGUGUGGAAGAGCGGGAUCGUGCCGCACGCCGUGUGGGAGAAGGCACUGGAGGACAUGCAUGGCGUGGCGCACGAGCGGAUCUGCAAGAAGAAGCAACUGUGGUAG